UAUUACAUUGGCCUUGAUAGUUUUUUAUUUAGCAGUUACAAUUUUUAGUUUAACUUGUGAAGAAACGAGCACACUGUGCUACUGUUUUGGCUCACGGCGCGCGUUCUUCGUGCUGGCUGAAAUGUGCCGCCGUUGCCGUUGCUUUUGCUGUUGCCAUUUGCCAUUGCAGUAGUAGCCGUCGUUGUUGGGGCGCCGCCGUCGUCAAUGCAGCUUUUUCAGUUUUCGCUUAACGCUCGUUCAGUCAAGUUGAUUUUGCUGCACCGUCGUUCACUAUUUAAUUCGCGUCGCAUACAAAAUACAAAAACACAUACACACAUACACACAUUCACAUAUAUACACAUAUCGACUCACUCAAAAUACAUAUACGCCGCGUCGCAUCACACUCUGCGCCUAAACCGCGAACGAGGGCAGCCGUCUGAGUGGCUUCAAUUUAUUGUAUAUUAUAUAGCGCGGUGGUGGUAAUACGAUAACAGGUGCGACAGACACAGCAUUACGAUUGCUAGCAGCCACUGUGCAUUUGGCGGACGGUGUCAUCAUCAUCAAACGUCGUCAACACUCUCGUCGUCAGUCUGGUCGUCAGCGACGCGCAACUGCUGCGCCGCCCGCUGUCCGCAUGGCGCGCAAGGAUGAUCCUGUCUUGAAUGUGCGCUUUGUGCAAUUGGUCGAAAACCAUCCGUGCCUUUGGAACUCGACGCUACCAGCUUACAGCAAGAAGGACGAAACCCAGAAGGCCUGGCAGGAGGUCGCCAAUGAGACGAAAGACACUGUGCGAAAUUGCCGCGAAAGAUGGCGCACAAUAAGGAGUAGUUUCCUCCGAUCGUUGAAGUUGUCACGCACUAGUACUGGUAGAGGCAAGCGUAAAUAUUACCUAUCUAAGUAUCUGCAAUUCUUGAUUCCUUACACAAAGACGCGCCUAAAGAACGGCAGUUCUUCGUCAAGUAUAAUUGCGCAACGCAAAAUGACGCCGCAACCGCCCAUGACGCGCAUCAAUCACAUACCAUUACCUAUAGUCAGCAGUGAUGACACCAAAGAUUCCAAUGCCACAGAGGUGGCAAUAGCCGAGGAAGAUGUUGUGGUUUCGCUGCAUGAAGGAGCUACAACACAGCAGCAUCGCAUAACUGUGCAUCCGCCAAUGGCGGCCCCGUGCGCCAUACCAGUACCAGUCGUAAUUCCGGCACCGACCGCCAUCAAAACGGAACAGGGUACAACAACGCCAGAGCAUGGACGAUGUACAGCAACAGCCGUUCCCAGCAUGAAUGCUUGUGCCAUCGUCGGUGGUGCUACAGGUGGCAGCGGUAAUGCGGCAAACCAUAGUGCUUUUGCCGCAGCAGCGGAUUCGCAACCAACUCCGCGUAGUGCAUCUGCCGUCGAUCUGACGGAGUUUGCCGAGUGGAUUAAAAGUAAAAAUGAACAUCAUCGCCAAUGUUUAAUGCCCUCCUCACCUGAUGCUGAUCAAUCAUUUCUCAACAGCUUGCAUCCAUUUCUGAAGGAAAUGUCCGGGAAACAGAAUCGUCGCUUCCGGCAGAAGGUGGUGGCGCUGAUUGAUGCCAUUCUGGAUAAUGCCGACUGAGGCGUACACGUGCGAUGCGUAACGUAUAGCAAAUGCGGUGGUUAAGGUGGUGUUGAUCGUGGUAAUGCCGGAAGUGCUGGGAGUACAGAGCCAAGAGCAAGUGAUCGUGGACGUGAACGUGAAAGUAGCAGUGGUGAAAACAGGGUAGACCGAUGUGAAAGUGAAUUGCGAUCGCUUUAUUUUCACAUCGAAGUCUACAAUAUAAGAUUUCAA